AAGCUGCAGCCGGAAACUGGGAUCCAAGAAGAGGUAUAAAAUGCAGCGUCUUCUCGCCUGAGAACAAGAGCUAUCCAUCUUCUCUAAGACCACGGAAUUCCUAUCCAAACAACUCUUCAUCAUGCGUUUCACUGCUGCCGUCCUGAUGCUCGCGACCGCCAUUGGCGGCGCCACCGCUGCUCCCAGCGCUGAGGCUGCUCCUCUCCAGGCCAGAGACGAGCCUGUCAACAUUCAGGUCUGCACUGGCAUCAACAAGGCCGGCUGCACAGGCUUCACAGUCUACACUCAGCAUCAAUGCUUCAACCUGAACGGCACUCCCGUCAACCAGAAUGUGCACUCCGUCUCGAUCCCUGAUGGAUACCGUUGCCGCUUCUGGAGCUCCACUGUCUGCAAUGGUGGCGGCACUGGCGAUAUCCAGGCCCCUGGCAACGACAACAUCGGCUCCAGCGGCGUGAGCUCUGUCAAGUGCUACAAGAACUGAGCUGGUUGACAGAUGAUUGAAAUGGGUGGAGGGUAGUAGCUCCCCUUGUUUGUAGAUAGUUCCGAGGGCUUGUCUCUUCCUCCAAUCCAAUAAUACUCUUCCGGGUUCCCC